GGAUAAUCCCCCAGACACCUUCGAGCAGCAGGCACCCAAAACAAUAACGUUUAUUUCUACACUUAGUUUAGUUUUUAAUUGCUCUCACAUGGUGACAAGCGUCGGUGGCGGCGGUUCUGAGUGCGAAGUGAAUCAAAUAAAUAUUUUAGUGGAAUUUGGAAUUUUUGGAAUUUGAUGCGUAAUUGUUAAAUGAAGCCAUUGAAUUGAAUUAAUCGUGUAGAAGAGCACGUGUAUUUCGAAGCGAACAAACGUUACAAGGAAGAAUUCAUCACAGCAGAUAUAGAUUUGAAACGCCUUUAUUAGGCAUUCGGAGUUCGAUACGAGACAAUGGCACACAGCGGAACUUGGUCUAGUGGCAGUGGAAGUGGUUCAUCAACAUCUCAAAGUAGAGGUCUGACGACAGCACCGCCCCAAGAGGAACGUUUAUUGGUUGCUGUCCGUGUUCGUCCUUCAUUCGAAAAUGGUGAGCGUUGUAUUGAAGUUAUAUCCCCAACUUCCCUGCUCUUCGAUGACGGUGGUAGGGGUAAGGCGCGCAAAUAUUCUUAUGACUAUGUUUUCAAGGAAUCCGAUACACAGGAAAUGGUUUACAAAGCAACCACUGCACCUUUGGUCCAAGAUGUGAUUAAAGGUUAUAAUGCAGCGGUCUUUGCAUAUGGUGCCACAGGUUCGGGUAAAACACACACAAUGUUGGGGCCAUGUAGAAAAAAGGGAGCAACACCUACCGAGGCAGAUGGCCAGACAAGUGAUAGCGGUCUCAUGGUCCGGGCUAUCGAGGAAAUAUUUCAGUACAUUGAAAUGUCCGAAGAUCCUGCUUCGUGUAAAGUUUCCAUUUCAUAUUUGGAAAUAUACAAUGAAUUAAUACGGGAUCUUCUGAAUCCGGGUGGACCACUGGAAUUACGUGAGGAUAAUCGGGGUCAACGAAUAACAGUGGCCGGUUUGUCGGAAAUUACCACAUCCAGUCGCAAAGAGGUUGUCUCACUUCUCUUGAAGGGCAAUAAGGCACGUACCAUGGAACCGACAGCAGCCAAUCAAACCUCCUCACGCAGUCAUGCUUUGCUCAGCAUAACUGUACAAUCGAAAACCUCGUUGGGCGUGAAGCAAGGACGCCUCUUUCUCACAGACUUGGCCGGCUCAGAGAGAGCGAAGAAAACCAAAAAUCGUGGCAAACGUUUGCAGGAGGGAGCCCACAUAAAUCGUUCCCUCCUGGCUUUGGGUAAUUGCAUCAAUGCCCUGUCGGGUGGGGCACGCUACGUUAAUUAUCGCGACUCCAAAUUGACCCGGCUACUCAAAGAAGCCCUGAGUGGCCGCUGUAAAACCGUUAUGAUUGCUCACAUUGCACCCGAAAGUAAACAUCGCGAUGAGACGAAAAAUACCCUCGUCUAUGCCGAUCGAGCCAAUAGCAUAACGACACGUCUACAGAAUUCCGUGUAUGUCGAUGAACUGCAAAACUUCCCCACUAAACAUUAUCAGCAUUUGGUUUUCGAGCUGCGCGAGGAGGUGUCACGGUUGCGCAAUAAAAUGUUAUCAGAUCGUCCCAGAAGUGGAGCAGCUGCAGCAAAUGAGGCUGCAAAGGCAUCCAGUGACCAACAGGCCCAAGAUCAGGCAGGGACGACGACGGCGACCAGUGACGAAGACGAUGAGAAACGUAAAAGUGAAUUACGAUAUUUGCGGGAGCAAAUUGUUUUGACAUUUAAGCAGCAAAUGAAACUGCGACGUAAGUUGCUCGAGGCCGAAUCACAUCUAUUGGGUUUGGAACUGGAUGCCGAACGUCAGCAUAUGAUAAUAUCACAUUGGCAGGGUCGUAUGGGUAAACUUUAUGACACACCCACCGAUGAUGAUAUUGAAUCGGAAGGCUCAAUUGCCUUAAAAAAUGCUUGGGGCGAAUUGGCGGCCAUCGAAAAAGAAACACGUCGUUAUAAAGAAAUACGUGAAAGAACCGAACAAGAAUUGGAGUUGUGUCGCCAAAAAGGUGUACAAUUGGAGGAUGAAUUACCCGAACGCAUUAGCAGCGAUGAGGAACGUGAAUUACUGGCUCUACUAUGUCGAGUUCAUGAACUGGAGGCAGACAAGGUGUCAUUGCAAGCCGAACGAUUGGCUAGGCAAGCCGAAUUGAGAAGAAGAGAUUUGCAGCUGUUACGAGCCGAAAGACAACGAAGACUUUGUGAAGAUAUCAUUAGUUCGCAAAGACGUCUAAUUGAAGAGGGAAAUGUUGAAUUGCCUGAUGAGUUGCGAGAACUAUACGGUCUCUAUCAACAGGAAAUACAUGCCGGCACUGUAACCGCAACGGCUGCCUAUGAACGGAAAUUGCCGCCCAUUUACACAGCAGGUUCGGAUUCACCCUGUUCAAGUUCGGGCUCAGAAUGGUCACCUUCAUCACCCCUACCACCCAUUGAUGGUGGUGGUGGACAAUUGGCAGCCUCAUCUGUGGAUAACCUAUCACAAGAUAAUCCUGAUCGUCAUAUGGGUCCUGCGGUGCAUUCUCGUCUACCCAAACUUGCCACAACCGUGGGAACAUCUAAACGUAUUAUGAAAAUAAAGAAAUAGGUUUUCGCAGUGUUGUGUGCAUCCAUACGCGAUAAUUUGUUUUGAAAAUACCAAGGCUGGCCUCAUUAAAUGCUCAGCAGCUCAGGGAAAUUCCGAGAUGUCUCUAUCAAAAAGAAAGCUUGUUAUUAACAGUUUGUAUAUUUUUGUCUUGAAGUAAGCAUUAAUUGAUAAUAAACGAAUUGAACUCAAAAA